CACAAAGAGAAAACCGACAGGCAAUCAGUCAUAUAUCGCAACUCCGUGCCGAAUUUUUCUCUUACCCCUUGGCUCUAGAGCAUUUAAUUGGCUUUCCAAAACCGUAGUCGACACUUCCGACGGCCGCCAUGUCUGCUAACCGUCAUUCGCAAGACAGUUGCUCUGCACUCAACCUCCUGGCAGCUCUGAGAACAAAUUCCACUGUAAACCGGGUAGGCAAAAUCGCCCUUUCACCAGUUGCUGUUAUAUACGUAGGAUGUUGACCAUCUAUAUCUCCUUUUCAUCCAUUCGUGAAGCUUGAGCCUGACAUUGGAAUUCAUAGUCGAGUGUUUAUUCUAGUUCAAGGUCAAGAUCAACCUAUAGCUAUGGACUUUACGGCAAUAGGAUGUAUUUUAAACCUCAAAAUUUCGCUACGAGAGAACCUUUAUUCGCCAACCUAAACCAAGAGUCCAGCGAGAACCAAGUCGCAUUUUCGUACGAGCAACUUCAUUGUUCAAACGUCUCCAAUCCACGGAAUUUAAUGCAUCCUUUAAUCCCACUUGAUGACUCAACUCUAUCAGCCAAAAGCACCACCGGAAUUUAUCUUCCCUUGCCUGAGGGUGAUAGCUUCCGAUUACUAGAGAUCCUUCCGGGGAAAAGUGGCAUUGUUCAGUGCAAGCUUCAUAUCUGCAGUCUGAAAGAAAAUAAGAUGGCAUACGAAGCCCUGUCGUACACCUGGGGUAAAACGGCAUACGAAGCCCGAUAUCAGAAACCAGCUAGAGACCAGAAGAUUAGGGUGACAGCGAAUGGGAAAAACCACUUAUUAUCUGUUUCGGAAAACCUGAACAUUGCCUUACGAGAAUUAAGACGAAGCAAUGUCCCCAGAUUGAUAUGGGCCGACGCUGUCUGUAUCAAUCAGGAAGACGUCAAAGAGCGAAGUCAACAGGUGGUAAUGAUGGGAGAGAUAUUUAGCGGCGCCUGGCAGGUCAUUAUAUGGCUUGGUGAGGAGUUUGACCGCUGUUCCUGUGGUAAAACCAUACUUGAAGCGGCUCUUUCCUCAGCCUCAGAGGCCUUUUCAGGAAUAUGCUCAGUCGUCAAUGAAUGGCUGAUCCAGUGUGGCCAGGAGGAUCUCAAGGCAACUUACUCUGAAGUUUCGAGAGAUGGGCAAUCCGUUUUGCAUCAUGCCAAGAUCAGAAAUGAUGCUACGCCUGACUCGGAAUAUGAGGCCUGCCGUUUUGAAAUGAUGCAGCUCUUCAGACGGCGCUGGUUCUCUCGCAUUUGGGUCUUACAGGAGGCCGUCCUUGCUAGUCACGCUAUCAUCCAGUUGGGUUCAUACCAGAUACCCUGGGAGUGGGUGGGACUAGCCGCAGCUAUCACUGUCCACAAACCUGAGCUAUCGCUGAAUGAUUUCGGAGAGAUAAUUCCUACGGGAGCGAUGCACUGUUAUUUCAUGUAUCGACUUUCGAUAUCACAGCGUUGUUUCCCUCCACUGAAGUUCUCCUUUGCUCAUUUGCUUCAAGUCACUCGACUAUUUGAAAGCAAAGAUCCUAAAGAUAAGAUUUAUGGCCUUCUAGGUAUCGCGACAACAGAUUCAAUAGCCAUAAAGAUUAUUCCGGAUUACCGAAAGGAAACUACCAUAGAAAAGGUUUAUGAAGAUGUUGCAAGGUUGAUGUUAGAAUCAAAUUCACCUUUAACGUUUCUAUCAGGAGCAGGGACUUUUGGAGACUUUGAUCCAUCCAGACCAUCAUGGGUACCAAGCUGGCAUAGAUAUCGCCCUUGGACUAUCCUACCAACAAAGAAGCAUCCGGGGUUUCGGUGUGCCUUGAGUGCUCUGAUGGAAAUGGACCGCACUAAUCAACCAGGGCAGCUAUCGCUUAAGGGUGUUAUUCUCGGUCGCAUCCACUCCAUGCAGGAAGUUCUGGGGCAGGUUGAGCUUUUCGAUCAAAAUGAGAGAGAACGCCAGAUCUUUUUAAGUAGACCAAGAUGGAGUGAGGGAGAUUGGAAGAUAUGUGCCUUGACAUUGACAUGCGGGGGCGAAGGGAGAGCAUAUCCUGUAGACGACGAGGCCACACAUCUUGCCGACAUGGCUGCUGCAGUGCUCUCAGGGAAGCUGAACUGGGUAAUGAAAGAUCUCAUCACCCUUGAAAGUGUUAUCGAGUCUAAGCCUGGCGAUGUUACACAACUGGAGUAUCUCAACGAAAUUGCCAAAGACGGAGACUGGCGUCGAUAUAUAAGCGCUAUAACCCCUUUUCACAAUUUCUAUAGGGUGUUUGUGACAGAGGCGAAUCACUUUGGACUUGGGCCUAUGGAUAUGAAGAUUGGAGAUCAGCUGUGUGUGCUGUUUGGCGCUGAGGUUCCUUUCUUAUUGAGACCAAAAGGAGACGGAUAUUUGAUUGUUGGGGAGUGUUAUGUAUACGAGGUGAUGCAUGGUGAGGUUCUUGAGAAGAUUUCCUCUUGUCCAGACGGUCCGUUGAAGGCUUCUUGGAUCAAGCUUAUAUAGUGCUUCUUGUGCAUGGAGAUCGAGAGGUAGCUGAAAUACUGCAUUGUUUUGCCUGAUGUAGGUUGACUCUUUUUAUUCAAGUAUGGUACCAGCCCUCCAAAUGGUAGCCCUCGU